AAAGAAAAACCUGCGUCGUUUUAGCCAGCAAAUGUCCGAGCAGCAGUGGCAGGUUUUGAUUCCGAGUUUUCUGACUCACUGAACCACUGGGAGCAAGAAUAAAACCCACAAACAGAAAUCAGUACCUUGUUCCCGAAUACAUUUUCAGUCCUGAUCGGCUUUUCUUCAAUUUAUCCAUCCCUCAUGUCGCCUUCUUCUACAGAAUAGUCUUCACAGUCCUGUAUAAAUUGCGCAUUUACUGGCCAUGGCUCUUCCUCUUGGGAAGUUGACCAUCAUCGUCGGCGCAGGAAUUGUUGGUUCUGUUCUCGCUAAAGAGGGGCGCAUGUCACAUGUUUCAAAUUUUCUCUCAGGUGCUUUCAAGAUUGUUUUUAAGCAACUUAGACAAGAUGAUUCUUCAUCGUCAGUUACCAAGCCUCGCAGUGACUCUUUGAUGGCUCAGGUUAACAGUUUACGGCAGGAACUGCAAGUGUUGGCAUCAAACAGACCGAUCAUGAUAGUUACUACAAAUGGAACAGGUGGUAGAAAAUAUGGCAUAGUUAUUGUCAUUGUGGUAGUUGGAUACGGCUACGUGUGGUGGAAGGGAUGGAAACUUCCUGAUUUUAUGUUCGCAACAAGGCGUAGUUUAGCUGAUGCAUGUAAUUCCAUUGGCAAACAGCUUGAGAAUGUUUACUCAUCUAUUUCAGCUGCAAGGCGCCAUUUGUCGUCAAGAAUUGACAGAGUAGAUGCUGGUUUGGAUGAAAUUGAGGGUAUCACUACAGAGACAGGAAGGGAGGUUUCUGAACUACGAGAAGGUGCAGCAAGGAUUGGGGAGGAUGUUAGGUCUGUUCGUCAUGUGGUUGAAACUCUGGAAAGUAAAAUUAGUCGAAUCGAAGGGAAACAGGAUAUCACAACACAGGGAGUAAAGAGAUUGUGUGAUUUUGCCCAGAACCUGGAACAGAGUAGGACUGCAGAGCAAAUUCAGGCUUCUCCAUCAAGUUCAUCUAGGCCAGCUCUUGAUGCAGCACCAAUUACACCAUCAUCAAGGACUGCGUCUUUGCCUCCUAUAUCGCCGCGAGGACCACAAUCUCCCUCUGCUCCAAAUGGAUCUCACAAGGAUCAGGGACCCCUACAAAAUAUUCUGUCAUCCUCAGGACUAAAGGAAGUGGGUGAAUCGUCUGGCAGUUGUGAGGUUUUCAAUGGGAACCAUUCCCGGGAAGGGACAGGAAUUGGGUUCUCAAGUUCUGGUCUGUUUGGGCUGAAAUUUUCUGGUCUCAAUGCUCUACGUAUAAUGAGAACACGUAGUGCAAUAAAUGCCUCGCCACAACAAUCUGUUUCUAGUAGAGAGCAGUAGGAUUUCAUGGGCAUCAAAGACAUUCAGAUUGUCUAUUUUAUAGUUUUAAUUUGCUCUGGAAACAGGCCUUAUGGGUUAUUGCUGCUGCCUGAGAUUUUUUCUCUCGAAUAUAUGGGUAGUGCCCGAGCUAAACCAGUGGAGUACAGGGUAGGUACUGAAUUUUGUAGAAUGCUGCAUAUAUUGUAAUGAGUUAGUUUUACAUGAUUAUUCAUAUUGUUCAACUCCUCCAGAAUCCUUUUUGUAUCAUGCUGGGAUGGGGACAAUAAGAAAAGUAAACAAUCCAAGGUAGAGUUCUACUUACAUGUAUCAAUUUCUGGUUUUGGACGGCAAAA